CGCAGAGCGCCGGAUAUUCUUAACCUUCAAUCUUGAUGAAACAUCCAAUUCCUAACUCUUUACUACACUUUCAUAUACAUACGACUAGAUUUCUUAGUUAGUAGACGAAGUUUGGCGUUAGCCCCUUUUCAGCCUCAUCUUCAGUAGCGAGGACAGUGCGUAGAGGCUGGCAUGACGAUCCUCAGGAGUUACGGGUUAACAUGUACUAGGAGAACAAGCACACGGCGUGUUGUCUUCAUCGCCUGAAUUCCGGGCCUGGGUACUACUUCGGAACGAUACUAGGAGCCGAGACCCUCAAUAUGCAGGAUUAUCCGAAGACUGCCGGGCGCCCAACAAGCCCUAUCAGGCGCCAGCGGGCUUGUGCGCCUUGUACUAAGGCCAAGGCUCGCUGUCACUUCGAAAACAACAAGGUCGAGGACGGAUGUGAUAGAUGUCGGCGAAUGAACAUCACUUGUGCUGCCCAGACGACUCAGAGCCUAAGGAGACCCCGACAGGUUAAACCUGCAAGUACUGUGCCUUCGAAACGUGAUCGUGGUACCCCUCCUAUGCGAGGUCCUAACUAUGGGCAUGUCUUGAUAGGAGUUGGCCCGUAUGGAUUCCAAGAAGAUAACAAUACUUCAAGUGAGAGUACCACUUCUUCAUCUAUAUCUUCGGAAACAAGGACAAGUCCUUCGCAAAAUGCAACAGCUACAAGUAGCCUUGAAAAUGGCUACCAAGCUCCACCGGGGCAAGACAAUCCCUCAUACAGGCCGCAUCAACCACAGGCAACCUUACGUGCCCCGAGGCCUUCACAGCCGGGGUUUGGGUUAACAUGGGGACAGGCCGAGCAGGCGGUAUCCCACUUCAAGACGAAAUUCAUGCCCAUUUUCCCAUUUAUCGUCAUCGACCCUGAGGUCUCCGCAAGGGAACUCAUGUCUAAGAAGCCUUUCUUAUUUAGAGUUAUUAUGCUUAUUGCGGCUCAACUCACUCUAGCGAAGCAGAAGGAGAUUCAAAAAAGCGUGCUCGCUUACAUAGGACAGCACAUGUUGGUGAUGGGAGAGCGAGAUCUGGGGUUGCUCCAAGGACUACUGAUAUAUAUAGCUUGGGGAGAAGGCGAUUUCUACUUUGACCAGAGAUUAACUUACUUAACUUACCUAGCAAUGGGGUAUGCUCAUAAUCUUGCAAUCACGAGACCACCGCCCACGCAGCAGCAGAAGAUGAUGGUGGCCAUCAAUCCGAAGGACGCAAAAGAGGCUAUCAUGGGAAGCCAUUUAACUACGAUGCUCGAAGAGUCGCAUACACCUGAAGAACAGCGGGCCUUCUUAGGAUGUCAAUACCUCCUUUCGCUGAACGGCUCGCAAUUUGGGAGAGAUGCAGUGUUAAAGGGUGAUUACGUAAAUCGCUGCCUCAACUCCCUCGUUCGCCCGACGGACCUGGGGGCGGAUUUUAUCUUAUACAAAAUGAUCAGCUUCCAGCAAAUCGUCGAGCAGAUAAUGCAGAUGUUACCUAUUCCCACCUCCUGUGGUGAUGGACUUGCGGUAUUCACUCUUUCCAUGAGCAAUACCAUGCAGGCUAUUCGUAACCAACUCGAUCAGCUAUUUGCGAAUGUAGCUAGGGAACACCGACAGUUUGUAAGGUUUUGGGCUACGCAUCAUUAUAUCCUAGUACGUUUAUAUCUACCGGCUUCGAACGUGUCUCAACCAUCAGAUAUGGUAGCAGCACAACAUCAACGGCAGUGUAUGCUCUACGCCCUUCAAGCAGCCAAACAAUUCUUUGAGACAAUUCUUUCAAUAGGCCCGGAAGCUUUCUUAUACCGAUCAUACGUUACAUAUUCCGAGAUACUGUUCGUGAUUGUCGGAGCCUCGAGACUUUUGUUGAUCGAGGUCGAUGGCUGGGAUCUUAACAGGGCGCGGCAGAUGGUUGAUCUGCCAUCCACCUUAGAGAGCCUUGCGGAGACAUUCAAGGACGUUGCCAACCUGAGAAACCAGAGGGCUGCAGAGGCAGCGGCCACAUUUGGAGUGAGCAUGCCGCCAAAUACAGCGGAAGAUGAGCUGAACGACCGUUUCUACCACUACGGCACGAAACUUGAGUGGAUAAAGAAUUGGUUCGAAGCUCAAUUAUUGAAAGGCAGCCAGGUCGCGAGCGAGCCACAAACAAAUGGCAUCCCCAGCUUUUGGGCCCCCGAAAACCAGUCCUGGACGCCGUUCAUAUUUGGGUUCCUAGGAGAUCCGAAUUGGAAUAUCGAAUUUUAGGAUACUCCCAUUGCUAUCGACCUCGAGAAGAGCUGAGUCUCGUCUACUUACUUCGCAUAUGCUCUCGUAUAAGUAGAGUAAUAGCUGCGUCUGAUAUCUGUCUGGCUUCUUGCUAGAUUUUAUGAACUUAUGUACUCACGAUUAUCUCAUUGAUAUACGUAUUUUAGCCGAUCUCGAUGAUUUUCCGGGGUUGAGACAUUGGGGGAUGACAAGAUACCAUACGUGACACCUUAUUAACGGAUCUUAGAAUGAGGAACCUGGCAGCCUGGA